AUGGCCUACAACACCCUCUUCUUCUGGGUCUCCAAAACUCCCUCAGACAACCAAUGGCGUCCCCAACCAGGCAACAGUCCCACAAUCUACUCAUCUCUGCCUCCCAUUCUCCGCCGUCUAGACCUACACGCAACGGUCGUCGACUGUGCACCAUUCAUAGCCGGAGCAGGCGGUCUCGCCCAUCUUUCCCAAUUGAAUGAUUUCGGGUUCACAGCCCCGGCCUCGAUUUUCCGAAACAUCAAAACGAUGACUGCGAUGCAUCGCACUACCCUAUACCUAGCGCCUUUGAUUCUAGCCUUUCAAGCCGCGGGGCUGGAGUAUCGGACUUAUAUCCCUCGCUGGUCUCACGAGAGAGAACUCCGGAGGGACGAAGAAGAGGUCCGGAAGCAUAUCGAUGUUGGAAUGGGAAUCGGUAGUUUAAGUUGGCUUGUGAGAAUGUCGUUCAAAGUCGGGGUGCGGUAUUGGGCUCCGAUUGAUAUCGUCAUGGGAGGUGCACUUGCAGAUCUCCUGCAUAGGGAGUAUGUCAAAGCUCAUGGAUUUUGA